UGUCAUCGUUCUCGAAAUUUCUGUGGCCAGUGAACUCCCUCUUCCUCUCCCACUCACCCUCUUUUCUUUUUCACCACUGCGGGGACGACUUCUAAUUUGCAGUUUUCCUUUUCCUGACGUACACAUGGUAGAUCCAAGCUGGUGGCUCGCAGACUGCGUCUGGCUGGAGAUCGGCAGCGAGCCGAUGGAUAGCAGCACGCCAGGAGAAUGAUUAUGCAGCAGUUAUUUAAGGAUAGGCUUUUGUAGUACGACAGCGUAUGAGCUGCAGAUUCUGCAGUAUCUAGCCUUGGUUGUGACGCACCCAUCGGAAUCUGCUUGUUCAUCGAUCAGGAAGGAGCAGAGAGUUUUCCUUGUUUAACGACUAGACACAGCAUCCUGUCAUCUGCUUAAACAGGCCGAGCGGUGAAGGCGAGGAACCAUGGCAGAGGAUAGGAAAGAUGAAGCCAAGGCACCACACUGGACUUCAGGUCAGCUAACAGAGGCUUCUUCGCACCCCCAUUCACCUGAAAUUAAGGAACAGCAGGGUGGUGCGGGUGCCGGACUGGUCAGAAGUGCCAAUGGAUUUCCCUACCGAGAGGACAAGGAGCCAGGGAUGGGCGGCCACCAACAGCCAGGGACGUACGCUCAGACCAAAGAGAAUGGGAUCAACGGAGACUUGUUGGCAGCAGACAGAGAGACCCCAGAAGAAGUCUCUGCGAGGAUAGUGCAAGUAGUAACAGCUGAAGCUGUCGCCGUCCUGAAAGGCGAACAGGAAAAAGAAGCCCAGCACAAAGACCAGCCUGGACCGCUCCCGUUAGCAGUUGAAGAGUCAGCCAACCUGCCUCCUUCCCCGCCUCCAUCGCCAGCUUCCGAGCGGACCGGAGCUCUGGAGGAAGAAGAAGAACCGGUAGAGAGUCCAAUGGCUGUGGAAGAGAACCCUGCUGCUCUUCCUGGGAAGCAACUGGGGAAAGAGCACGGGCCCACUGAGCCUUCGGACCAGGCACAGGCCCCCUGUGAGGGGCAGUCGGAUUCUGGUUUGGAGGCCAAAGUGUGUCACGAAGACAAAGUGCCAAGGGUGGCAUCCAGCAGGGAGAGCGUAACCGUUGUGGCGGAAACGCCCCUGAAAGCCACAUCCCCUUCCUCGGCCGAGGAAGAUUUACUUGCAGCCACGAAGAUGGAAUUCGGUGUCCAGGAGGGUGCAUGCCCUUUCACAGCAGAACCGUUAGACACAAAGCAACGUGAAUCUGAGAAAGAGAGUAAGACUGGUGAGCAACCUAAACACGAUGCCUUAGUUCCACAGCCAGCAAAAACAGAGGCUAUAGAUAAAAAGGAUACACAGAGCAAAGACAAAGAAAAAAUGCCUUCACCUCUAUCAGAACAGAUCUUGGAAACUGAUUCACAAAAGAAAGGGGAAGCCAGUUUUGCGGGACCUGCUGCCGCGCCUUCUGCUUCUCAAGAACAACAGGGCUUGUCAGCUGAACUGCCUAAAGGGAGCAAACCAGAAGAAAGGACUGCAGAUGUGCCCUCAUCAUCCAGCCAAGUUAUGUCUAUGGAAUUAAAAGACAACCUUAAGGAAGCCCAAGAUCUUGCUCUUGGCCGUGGUGAGGGUGCUCUGUUGCUGUCUGAAACGAAGGCAGGAGUAGUCCAAAGUGAACUUCCUUCAGGCCCAUCUCCUGCCGUCUCCCAGGAGCUUCCACUCAAAGACAGUUCCAAAACAAAACAGGAACCCACCGACCAACUGUUUGCCAAAGACUUCACUAAGGACGAGCAGUUCCACAGGGACAGGACGCUAACUCUGCAAGACUUCUCAGCGGUAACUGUAGAUGGCCUGAAAACGCCAAGCACCCAGAAAAUCCCUGCGUGGGGGGAGGAGAAGGACAUGACUAAGGAUGAGAGUGACGAGGAAGAAAGGUAUGACUUCUAUGAUAAAGGGGAGGCUCAAAUACUGGAUGAUGGUAAAUUUACCACAAAACCUGAAGUUAAGACGCUUUCCCUAGACAAAACAGACUUUAAAAAGGAUGACGAAGCUAAAAAGUCACCCGAUAUUCUCAAAGCAGAAAAAGAAGUGGACCAAACUGGGCUCCCAGCAACAGCAGACAUGGAAAAGGCGGUGCAGCUGAGCGCACAGGCACCCCCAGCCAAGUUAAGCCAGGAGCUGACCCUUGAGAAAACAGAAGAGCACCCUGAUACCACUCAGUUAUCCAGAAUAACAGAGAAAGCCCCUGAGGCACCAAGUUUAACCGCUGACAGGACUCCUACUCUAGAACCUUCUCAAGAGAAAGAUGUCAAAAAAGAUGCCGCGGUAGAGAAAACAAGUGUUUCAGCUCCUCAUCAAAUGAAAGAGGAGGAGGAGCGAUCAGGAAUGUCGAAGUAUUUUGAAACCUCUGCUCUGAAAGAGGAAGCCUUCAAAGCCGGCGCUCUGAAGCAAGGCAGUGAUUACUAUGAGUUAAGUGACACCAAAGAGAGUGCGUAUGAGCCUUGUCAGAUGGAUCGUCUAAUACCCGAAGACAGAGAGGAAGAGGAGGAAGAAUUACAGGAAGAACUGGAUCAGCAGCGGAGCGUGCCUGCUCAUGAAAUAGGGUACAGCACCCUGGCUCAGAGCUUUACACCAGACAGAUCUGAAGAGCCAAGCUCCCCAACAGAAAGAAUGUUCACUAUUGACCCCAAAGUCUAUGGGGAUAAGAGAGAACUCCACAGUAAAAAUAAAGACGACCUGACUCUGAGCAGGAGCUUGGGACUUGGGGGGAGGUCUGCAAUUGAGCAGAGAAGUAUGUCUAUUAACUUGCCCAUGUCCUGCCUGGAUUCGAUAGCUCUAGGAUUCAGCUUUGGUCGUGCACAUGAUCUUUCUCCGCUCGCUUCAGAUAUUCUAACUAACACUAGUGGAAGUAUGGAUGAAGGUGAUGACUACUUGCCAGCAACCACACCAGCACUGGAGAAGGCCCCCUGCUUCCCCAUUGACAGCAGAGAGGAAGAUGAGCACAUUGAAGAAGAAAAAGCCAUGGCAGAAGAAAAAGUCCAGCGUGAAACCUUGGCCGAAUCACCUUUCCUGGCCAAAGAUUAUUACAAAAAUGGGGCUGUCCUGGCUCCUGACCUGCCUGAAAUGUUGGACCUGGCAGGAACAAGAUCUAGAUUGGCUUCUGUGAGUGCAGAUGCUGAGGCGGUGCAAAAGAAGUCGGUUCCUUCUGACACUGUUGUGGAAGACAGCAGCACGGCCCUGCCGCCCGUGACAGAUGAAAAUCACGUAACUCUAAAAGCUGAAAGUCAGCUGGAAGACUUGGGCUACUGUGUGUUCAAUAAGUACACAGUCCCACUCCCUUCUCCAGUGCAGGACAGUGAGAAUUUAACGAGUGAAACCUGUCCCUUUUAUGAAGGCACCGAUGAAAAACUGCGACGUGGUGUAGCUCCUGACCUGUCUUUGGUGGAAGUGAAGCUGGCAGCAGCUGAGAAAUCUAAAGAAUUCCUCGGGGAAAAAGAGUUAGGUCAGCCUACCGCUGGUGAGUCUGUUCUGGCAAGGGACUUCGAGCAGGAGAAAAAAGAAAAGCUGGAUACUGUGCUAGAAAAAAGUGAAGAUCAUGGUGACUCCAGAGAGGUCUAUCCCAUUAAAGGUGCAGAGCCAGAGAAGAUGAGACCCGAGGCAAUCCUAGAAAUGAAAGAAGAAAGCGUGGCUGAUAAAGUUCACAUAACUGGUGAUAUCAUGUAUGACAGAAAAUUGGCUUCAGAGAGAGCAAUAGAAAAGGAUGCUGUUUCUUUGUUGAUGGAGAAGGAGGAGAAGACUCUUAGCGUUGUUCCUGAACUAGCUGAAACAGAAGCUCUAAUAAGACCAGAUUACAACGCUAUAAAGCAUGACUUGGAAGUGGCUGCGAUGAGAGCUGACCAAGAUUAUCAGAGUCAGUUAGAUAUUAAGAUCAGCGAAGUUGUUUCUCUCUCUGUUAAAAGAGCAGAGCCUGAACCCAAAGACGCUCAACAGAAAGAUCAGACCCUCUUGUCCAGAGAAGCAAAGGAUGCAGAUGUACUUUCCAAGACCGAGCCUAGUUACAUGAAGGACGGCGUCAAACUGUCGGAAACAGAAAUUAAGGAGAAAGUAACUAAGCCUGAUCUGGUACAUCAAGAGGCAGUUGAUAAAGAGGAAUCUUAUGAAUCUAGUGGAGAGCAUGAUCAAACCCAAGAAGGUUCAAAUGGAGAAUCCACGAAACCAGAAGAUGUCAAAGCAGAACCUCCAAAACCUCCUGUGUCUGGAGAAAAGACGCCAGCUGAGUUACCAGCAAAGGAGCCUUCUGUGGAGCUCCUCCUUCCAAAAGCUGAGCCUCUCCAGGAAGAGCCUGCUGAGAUUCAGAUGGAGAACAUACCACAGCCUGCAGAGGGAGCUGAAAAGAUUCCUGGUGCAGCUGUGAAACCUGCGGAAGUCCAAAAGCUGCUGCCAUGUGAAGUGGAAGCUGGGGCCACAAAGGGGGAAGAACGUGAGGAAGAAGAGGUGGAAGUAGGGCAAGAAGAAAAGGAAGAGGAGAAAGAGCAUCUUGUAUCAGAAAUACCCCCAGAAAUAGACUUUGGGAAACCUGCUGCUGAAGAAAUGCUAGCUAAGGGUAGCCCAGAAGCGCUGCCUGAGCUGAAAGGCGUUAUUGAAUCGGUGGUGACAGUAGAAGAUGACUUUAUCACAGUGGUGCAGACAACAGUUGAUGAGGGCGAAUCUGCUUCUCACAGUGUGCGCUUUGCUGCUGCUCAGCAGGAAGACAUCGAAACGGGAGACUCCCAAGCUGAAGAGGAGCUGGAGGUUGAGGAAGUGGCUGACAUGCAAGUCGAGCCCAAGGAAGGCUCCCCAGAAGCUCCUGCUUCACCCCACCGAGAAGAAAUCCUGCUCACCGACUACAAGACAGAAACGUGCGACGAUUACAAAGACGAAACAACAAUCGAUGACUCCAUCAUGGACACAGACAGUCUCUGGGCAGAUACUCAAGAUGAUGAUAGGAGCAUCAUGACUGAGCAGUUAGAGACUGUUCCUAAAGAGGAGAAGGCAGAGAGAGAAUUGCGAAGACCAUCUCUCGAUAAGCAUAAAAAAGAGAAACCUUUUAAAACUGGGAGAGGCAGAAUUUCUACUCCUGAAAGGAAAAUAGCUAAAAAGGAACCUAGCACACUCUCCAGAGAUGAAGUGAGAAGGAAAAAAGCAGUGUAUAAGAAAGCUGAACUUGCUAAAAAAACUGAAGUUCAGGCCCACUCUCCCUCCAGGAAAAUCAUUUUAAAACCUGCUAUCAAAUAUACUAGACCAACUCAUCUCUCCUGUGUUAAACGGAAGCAGACAGCAGCAGGUGGUGAAGCAAACCAGGCUCCUGGCGUAUUUAAACAAGCAAAGGAAAAACUCUCAGAUGGAGUAAGCAAGAGUCCUGAGAAGCGUUCCUCUCUACCAAGACCUUCCUCGAUCCUUCCUCCUCGAAGAGGGGUGUCAGGAGACAGAGACAGAGAGGAGAACUCUCUCUCCCUCACAGCUUCCCUUUCCUCUUCAGUACGACGGACCGCACGAUCAGAGCCAAUUCGUAGCAGAACAGGAAAAAGUGGAACUUCUACCCCCACUACUCCGGGCUCCACUGCCAUUACUCCAGGGACACCACCAAGCUAUGCCUCCCGUACCCCCGGCACUCCAGGAACACCCAGCUACUCCAGAACCCCCCACACUCCUGGGACCCCCAAAUCUGCUAUACUGGUACCUACUGAGAAAAAAGUUGCCAUAAUUCGCACUCCUCCUAAAUCUCCAGCAACUCCGAAGCAGCUACGAGUUAUUAAUCAGCCUCUACCUGACCUCAAGAAUGUCAGGUCCAAAAUCGGAUCAACAGAUAACAUCAAAUACCAGCCUAAAGGAGGACAGGUUAGGAUUUUAAACAAGAAGAUCGAUUUUAGCGAUAUUCAGUCCCGGUGUGGUUCCAGAGAUAACAUCAAACAUUCCGCGGGGGGAGGAAAUGUACAAAUCGUAACCAAGAAGAUCGACUUGAGUCAUGUAACUUCCAAGUGUGGCUCACUCAAGAAUAUCCACCACAAGCCAGGAGGUGGGCGUGUGAAAAUUGAGAGCGUGAAACUGGAUUUCAAAGAGAAAGCUCAGGCUAAAGUUGGUUCGCUGGAAAAUGCCCACCACGUCCCUGGCGGUGGUAACGUCAAGAUCGACAGCCAGAAGCUAAACUUCCGAGAGCACGCUAAAGCCCGCGUUGAUCACGGGGCUGAGAUCAUCACGCAGUCCCCAGGUAGGUCCAGCGUGGCCUCACCACGCAGACUCAGCAACGUCUCCUCCUCUGGAAGCAUCAACCUGCUCGAAUCGCCCCAGCUUGCUACCCUCGCUGAAGACGUCACGGCAGCCCUGGCUAAGCAGGGCUUAUGAAUUUGCUCAUUUUGCAUUGUAUGAAGUAAUAAUAUUUAGGCAUGAGCUCUUGGCACUGUUUGCUCUUGCUCAUUUCACUGUUCUGUUGAUAGAUGGGGAAAUAAAACCUGAAACGUUGCCCAUUGUAAGUUAUUCCAGGUUAAAUUAACAGUCUGCUUACCAGAAGGAAGGGCACAUAGAGAAAUUCAAGUUUAAGUAAAAACAAAGUGUUAUUUUGUAUAAACAAGUAGAACAAAAGUCGAAUUAAGUUAUUAACAUUUUUUUGGACCUGGUUUCAGUCAGUGUAUAGCUGAAAAGCCAAUAAAUUAUUUAACUCAUAACUAAAAGUAGUAGUUGAGAACAUUGGAACCGUGCUUGGGGAAGUGAUGUAUAAAAGCUGUCGCAAGCAAGCACUUCCACCCCAAUGGACUUGUGUCUGAUUAGAAAGUUGGUUAAGCGGCUAGAUUUGUGUACACGCCACCGGUUUCACCUCCUUUCCAUCUGUUUGAUACAGUAUUAUAGAUAUAUAUAUUUCUCUGUGGCCAUUUGUGAUACGCCCUCCUCAUAUACUUGAAUAUUCUACUUCUUUAUUCACAGUAUCUGUGUCUCUUGCACCCUUUGGUGUUGCAGUUUUAGGUAUGUAAAAGUAGAUGUUAGCAGGGUUUUUUUUUUCCCUAUUCAUAAGACUACAUUUAAAAAAGAUGAAAACCUUAGCAUGAAGUUGCUUUCUGUACCAACUAAAAGCCGUGACCCUGUUUUAGUGCCAGAUGCAAGUCUCUUCUGUGAUGCUAAAAAAAGGUUCCCUCCCCUCUCCUCCCUUUCUUCACAAAGGUAUGAUUUUUGUGGGGUCCAGACAUUUGCGAAAGGGUCUCCAAAGGUGACAGAGUUUGGAGUCUGGAUUUGUAAAGAAAUCCACAAUGAUUUGGUUUUGGCUUUUUUUUUUUCUGUUUUCUUUCUUUUUCUUUCUUCUUUUUUUUUGUCCAAACUCCUGUAGUAGCAGUGAAUGUUCGAUUUAUUUAUUUUUUUUUCUUUUGCUAAAGUUGAAACACAGAAAAAAAAGUACUAAGAUGUCAUUACCACUCCUUCAGUGCUGUCGUACGUAUACGCACAGGCACUUGGUUAACAGCGCUAAACAAGAGGUGCCUGUAAAUUCUAGUACGUGAGUAAACAAAAUGAGCUCCCCAGACUGGGUUGCCGUAAGCGAUUCAUCUGUCAAUAGGGCGUCUUAAAAUCUGAGCAAAGUGGGAUUGUAUUGACUAUAAAAGGGUUGAAGUGCUCAUAAAAGCUAAAGGGCAGAGAGGCACAAACCCCCGAUCCACCGGAGUCACCUGUGAGAGCUCCGGCACUUACGGACACUAGGCGAGCACUGCAGGUGAUGCGGGAACGUUGUUCGUCAGUGGAUCACAAUCUGCUGAUUCUAUAUGUAUAGUAGAUGUUAUGGAAGGACCAGUUUUACACCCUUGCGGAUUCUCUGAUCUUUUGCAUUUGCAGUCUCCGAACUGAACUUUGCACUGUCAGCUGAGCUAUACUUGAUACGUGUGUUAGGUUAACGUUGCACGUUGGAAGCUUUUGAUCUGUUCUUUUUCCUCUUAAUUUGUGUGUGCGCGCGUGCCUGGUGGCGUUUGAGCGGAGAAGACUCGUAGGGAAGGUUUUUAUGUCUGCAGAGAAAGAUUCUAAUCAUUAAUAGCGCAGGGUCUCCCCAUCGUUGAAUUCCAGUAGUAAAUGCAGGCACCGGACAGUAAAUAUUCAUGGACCAAAGGGGGAUUUUGGCUGAGCUGUCACGGCCGUACAAACAAAACAAAACGGUCACAUCUCAAACUUCUACAGAAGAUGAGCUCCUACCAGCCCCACAUGUGACAUUUCAGCUCUGCAAAAAGCUUUUUCACACAUCAAGUAGCUAAUUCUGUUUGUAAGCUGGUUGUUUUAUAUAAAGGACAGAGAGUUUAGGACCGUGCUAAGUGCAUCAGGAGGAUUCUGGUUUCUGCCUUGUAUUUGUUAGGUUCUUGCUUAGAGCAAUCCUAAGGAUUCCCACAGAAACAGUGUCAAGUGAGGUGCAUUAAAAGCCUCUUCACGUUUUUCCAGACAAAGAAAAAAAACCCAAAUGGUAUUUAUAACAUGUUGCUCCGAUCCUACUAUUAAUUAAUACAAAUUAGCCUUGCGAUGGGGCUUUUUUAUGCCUCUUGCCAAUGUGGGAGAGAGUCUGUGGUUGUGCUGACCCUCGACUUUUCCAGAGCUGAACGCCAGUGAGGGAGAAUGGUGUUAACCUGGGAAUCGGGUUUUUUUAUUCUGCUUUUAAAAUUGAGAGAUACUCCAGAAAGCGAAGCUUAGUUAACCCACUUACAAGUCCAAAGUUAGAGUGGCGUAACACACCAAGUCAUUUAUUUCAUGCAUUAAAAUGAGCUUUCUUGUCUUGAUUCAAGCAGACCUUUGUAACUGUAAUCAUCCUUCCAUAGAAAGUAUCCUAGAACGCUGUGGACUUAGAUGAAAAGAAAUCAAAGAGUUUUGUGCUGUUAAAUAAAUAACUAAAUAACUAAGUUACGUUACAUGACUCUAGAUGUUCACUGAAAAAGCUCAUAUUAAUCUUAACUUCUCAAGAAGAGUGUUGGUUUUAAAAACGACGGGUUUGUAAAUAUGUAAUGCCCACUCAAACCGAUAGAGCCAGCUCCCUGGAAACUGCAUCUGUUGUGUUUCUUUUCCACAGGCGUGUUGAGCCAGCAGGUUUGUUGGGUGCCUGAGACCCAAUUCUGUAACAAAGCAGAGCUAAUCCAGACGAAAGGAAUGGUGAAACCUUCUUUGGAUAGCUAGGGGAGAGCCCCAGAUUAAUAACCCAUCAAGUUGUAGAGGCAAAAGAAAAAGUGCUCCUGCCCCAUCCGCAGAGUGCUGUUUCUAUGUAACCACAAGCGUAAAGAAAACAAAGCUGAGCAAACCUCUGUCCAGCAACGGGAAAGGAAAAACUCAUUCCGAUGAGGGAAAUCGUGUGCCCACGAGGGCUCUGUUUUCACUGUACAGCAGUAAAUGGUGUUGUCCAUUCGACGCUCUGCUAAGGUACAGUAGUAACCUCAUCAUGACUGCUUACAAAGCCGAGUUUGCCUACGUACACGACCCAAAGGGAGUCGGGAGGCAGCCUGUGUGGACCCCCACACGUGAGCAGAAGUUUUUUCCAUGCUGGACCAAAUACUGCUUGAAACCCAAGUACAAACGUCCCUUCAAAGGCAGAAGCCUUGAAGAGUAGAUCUUGUGUGCUAUGAAAACCGACGCAGGUAGAUUUCUAGCCUCGGUGUGUGUCGAGUGCACUCACUAGUCAGAUUGCUAACGCAACUCCCUCUGCAACUCUAGCGAUUCCCACUGCAGGAAGGUAAAUUAGGUUCACACUUGGAAAAGUCAAGUGUAUAAAAGCCACUUCAACUUUAGCAAAGAGAAAAAGCCAACAAAUAAACAUGCUGUAUGCUGGGAUGUCAAGGAAUACCGUCUGCUGUUACAAACCUGUGUUUAUUCUGAUAAUUCUAGAGCCUGUUACCAUAAAAGAGGCAUUUCUUGAAUGGCUGGUGGUAGGUAGUUCAUGUUUUUCAAUCCGAUUUGCAAUUGUAUUUGUUGCUGUAUAGUGAUUGUUUUGCAAAAUAAAAUCGC